AUGGACUACUCGUAUCUGAACCAGGCCGCGGCCGCGGCCGCGGCCGGCUUCGAGGCGUCUAGCUGCGCCCUGGCCGCCGGCGAGAUGCAAUGCAGCUACGGCGACCUGAGCUCCUGCUCGCAGAUGAGCCAGGCAGCUUACCGCUACACCGCGGCACGGGCCGCCGGUUAUCCCGGUAACGCGGCCGCCGCCGCCGCCGGCGCCGCGGCCGGCGGCACGCCGCUUACGGCCCAUCAUACCGCGCACUCCCACACCCACGCGCACCACGGGGCCCACUCGACCCCGUGUUCCGUAAUGGCCGCCAGGUCCCAGGAAGUUCACCGGCAUGCCGCCUCCAUCUUCCCGUCGGCCAUCAAUCUUCAGAGUGGUUUGGGAUAUAAGGCUUAUUCAGGACAUGAUGGUCUCGCGGAGAAGAGAAAACAACGUCGGAUACGAACAACAUUUACGUCAGCUCAACUGAAAGAACUAGAACGUGCAUUCCAGGAGACGCAUUACCCAGACAUCUACACCAGAGAAGAAAUUGCUAUGAAGAUCGAUCUGACGGAAGCCAGAGUACAAGUAUGGUUCCAGAAUCGGCGCGCAAAGUUUCGCAAGCAAGAAAGACUGGCCCAACAAAAGUCCACGUCGCAGAGUGGCAUCGGAGCCGACAGCGGCGCGUCCAGCCCCGUGACCGGCACCGUGAAGGCGGAGGGACGCUCGCCGAGGAGUCCGGCGACGCCGCCCGGUAGUUCGAACAGCGUGCUGUCGUCGAACGAGAUCAAGCCGAUCGCCAACCAGAGCCUGGUGAACGUGAAACACACCGCGGACGGCACCGGCGACGGCGGCUCGCCCAACGCGCGCGGAAGCAGCGGCGGCGGGAGCGGUAGCGGCACCUGGGGCUCCUGCAGUCCCAGGCCCUUCUCGGCGGCCCUGCCGCCCUACCUGCUGGACCCGCUGCCUUUGAAGACCGCGAAUCUCUAUUAAAGCCAUCUCUCCUCGGCCUGGCCGUGUGUAAAUACAGAAAGCCCAGAUUUUUCUCUCCCGGGCCCCGGUUUCCCGCACGCGAAUUGAUCGGCAUAGUUGAACCGUACGCGCACGGUAUCCUCGAGAAUUCGAGGGACCUCGAUAGGAGGAACCGCGCCGUACAUAUUUUUGACAAUGAUACUUUAGACAGUCGGGAAAACGGGCAGCAGACGGAUCGCUCGCUUGAAGGCAGCGUCUGUUGAGAUACGUUUCGAGCUUUGUACGCACGCGAGACAGAGUGUCAUUCGGAUGACGCCAAUCGAGACACUAGAAUCAAGGUCGAGGUAAAUAUCAUUUAGUAAAUUUUGGUAUUACUGUACAAAGAAUGCUUAGAAAGAAGCCAAUUGGAUACUGUCCUCUUUAAUUUUACGGAGAAGAAAUAAUUCUUGACACAUCAAAUUUCAAAGAGUUGUAGAAUGUGCUAUAUUUGUUUUGCAUUCCUGUGAUAAGUGUAAAGUGUAGAAA